GCACCGCACGUGUGCUGGUCACGUGAUCCGCGUGGGGUAUAAAAACUGCCCCCUUUGCCUUUUCCUCUUAGGAUGGGGGGUGAGCGUAUCUACACAGGGUAGUGUCAGGACCUGAGGAACAUGGCUUCCAGUCUGCGCCCCCUCCUCACCUGUGCCCUACCAGGGCUCUUGGUGCUGCUGGCUGGCUGGUGGUAUACCUUCUGCAGGAAGAGAUCUAAGUCCCAUCAGGACAGGGACAUGAAGGAGUUUCAGCCUGGGGAGGGAGGAGGAGUGAACUCCCUCAGGCAGCCUAAGGAGGAUUUUUCCAAGCUGGAGUCCAUUCAAGGCUCAUCCAAGGUCCUGAAGAGGCCAGAACCGGAAGGGCAGGUGACACCGGGAUGGAAAUCUGACACACUUGCGGAGGGCUCUUGGAUUGGACUUGGACCAGGCAACUUCAUUCUGCAGCAGUCAGAGCAGCAACACGUUUGUGUUGAGGUGGCGCCCCCAUCAGGCCACCUGGGGAACUUCGAGUCAGGUGAUGGUGUGUGUUGUGUCAGUGAGGAGCCUCGCAGUCGUGAAGGAGAUGCAGCAGGAGAUGAUAUGCAGGAGGUGCAAGAACAGGACCAGGAGAGGGGUGGUAGCUGGAAAUUAGGUAUGGCAUUACCUGCCCCCAUGGAGGUGCUCAGGGAGAUGGAGAACAACAGUGAGGGUCCUCAUGAUGCCCCCCAAAGGUCAAGGAGUGAAAUAUCAUCCUUGAGCCUAGUGGUGCUGGCAGGAGAAGCAACUGUCUCAGGACCUAGUCCCAGGACUGAGGGGGUAUGUGGCUGGGGCCCCAUGUUGUCUCCAGCAGUGCCUGAAAAGUGCCCCAUGGUGGGGCAGGAUUCAGGCAGCAGUCCCCCUGCCUUCCCGCCCAGCCCCCGAGACAUAGACCUGGUAGAGUGGGAGGUAGCAGUGCCCAGGCAUCUUGUUGGCCGCCUGAUCGGGCAGAAAGGUCGAGCCGUCAGCUUCCUGAAGCGGCGCUCCGGGGCAAAAAUCUAUGUGUUCCGAGCUUCUCCAAGUCGGGAUGUUCAGAUCUGCCACAUCGAAGGUUCCAGGGUGCAGGUUGACAGAGCCCUGAAGCUGAUGGGAGAGAAGUUUGUGGACCUGGACCUAACCAAUCAGAGCACUGCUCUCAAUCCCGCCCUCACCCAGCCCACACUGGCCCCAACAAGCUGGGUGGUGCUGCCAGAGGGUGUGCCCAUUGAGGUCAUCGUAGUGAAGGUGGUUUCCGCAGGUCACCUGUUCAUCCAGCAGCGCACGCAUCCUUCCCAUCAUUCCUUGUGCAGCCUCGAAGAGCGAAUGUACCUGUGCUAUGCCCAGCGGGGGGCGCCGUACCUGCACCCCCACAUUCAGGCUGGGACCCUUUGUGCUGCCCCUGGGGUGGAGGGCUCCUGGUGGAGAGCCCAGGUCUCUGCCCUUUGUGACGACCCCACCCAAGUGGAAGUCCGGUUUGUGGAUUAUGGUGGCUACGAGAAGGUCAAGGUGGACACGCUUCGCCAGAUAAGGUCCGACUUCGUGGCCUUGCCGUUUCAAGGAGCGGAAGUGCUGCUGGAGAAUCUGGCCCCCCUACCAACAAUGGAGAGCUUCUCCACAGAGGCAGCCUCGCGGGUGGAGGAAAUGACGAGGGGGGUGACUCUUGUGGCGCAGGUCACACGGUACCACAGCAGUGGCCUUCCGCUGGUCCAGAUUUGGAAGAUUGGGAAUCAGCUGGUGUCUGUGAACCGGAUGUUGGCUGAUGAAGGGUUCUGUUCCUGGGUGGAGAACGCCUGACCUGUGGACACCCCCCAGGAUGUACUGAGGAGGUUCCCUGGACCACCACACCAGUGACACCUGGUGUUCAGCUGGGUCCCCCCCCCCUGGAAUUGCUCCUUAGGUGGUGCUGAACUUCUGAAUUCAGCUGUUGAGCAAAACAGCUUUUUUUCUUUUCUUUUAUAGCCUGCUUGCAUAAAUAGUAAUGGGAUUUUUUAAUGAAGUAUUGACUCUCCUGCCCAGGGUCUAAAUGUGUCGGAUUAGAUUAUAUAAAUAAAGGUAUUUAAACCCUUGA